AACGAACGUCGACUGCGUCGGUUUCUGAAACAUCGACGCGUUUCGAUUGCGCUGGAGGCGUAUAUAUAGGGGGAGAUUCGACAGACAGCUGAGGAAACAUCGAAAAAACAUGAACAGAAGAUCUUUUUCUUGUUUCGAAAAAACCUGGUUCGGAACGAUCGAAGAAAACAAAAGCUCACUGCAGAGAAGACACCCUUCUACUCACUUGUUGCUCGCCAACCGGCUAGCAGAAAAAACAGCGCCAUGGCCCCGGCUUCUUCCUCGUCCUUUUCUUCUUCCUCCUCGUCCUUUUCUUCUUCUUCCUCGUCCUUUUCUUCUUCCUCCCCGUCCUUUUCUUCUUCCUCCUCGUCUUUCUCUUCUCUGUCUUCCUCUCUCUCUUCUUCUCUCUCUUCCUCUCUCUCUUCUUCUCUCUCUUCUUCUCUCUCUUGUCCCCCUCCUCCUGCGUUGUCUUCUGUCGCCUCGUCGUUUGUUCAGCCAGCGUUUCCUUCUGCGGCGUCUGGUCCUCUCUCCUUGUGGCCAAAGAACUUCCAGCCGAGAGAAAAUGCUGCGUCUGCGGCUGGGGAGGAGGCUCUUUCUUCCUUCGUGAAAAUUGCAGACCUGAGGCCUGGAGACAGAGGCGUCAACUGCGUUGUUAGAAUCUUGCACACCAUCCUCCUCAGUUCCAGAACGUUAUUCUCCGGCGAAGUCACAACUUUUUCGGAAGUUCUCGCUGGCGACGAGACUGGCACUAUCAAACUCGAGCUUCACGAAGAGGAGCAACGCACCGCAUGCAGACGGAGGAAGCAAACGGCAGAGAGAACUGAGCAGAAAAGCCUCUCCGGAGAGUUCGGGACUCUUCACAGGCUUCUUCAGACUGAGUCGAGAGGCACGGAAGAGAAGCAGGAAAUCAGCGAAGAGGUGAACGAAAACUUGAAGGAAGAAGCGAGACAAGAGACACGACAGGCACAAAUAUGCGUUCGACCGACCGGAGAGAUACCCACCGCAAGCUGAGCAGAUGGGGAACCUCGCAGGAAGAAACAGAAAGAGAAACCGAGAAAGCAGGGCACCUUCUAUUCAGUAGGAACUCGAGACAGAGAUGUAAUUGUCUAUCCGCCGAGAAGGCGAGAAGAAAU